AUGGACUUCGCUCCUCACGAUCCUGAUACGUUCUUGCGAGAAUUUAGAAGAAUAGGGACGGGAAUCUAUGACGCUCCAGAUGACUUUGUCAUAAAACUCGACGCAGACACGCGAGGGCCUUUAUUCGAGCCUAUCGACGAGAAAUUAUGGACAGCGUGCGCCGGAAGCAGCAUAGUUACGCAUUUCACAAUUGAUCGGAUAUAUGAGGCCCUUCAGAAAUCCGAGAACUGCAGCCAUAUUUGGGCGCUAUUCGAAAGCUUUUUUGCUAUUUCCCGGGAGUCGAAGAUAGAAGAGAUGUGCGUGAUCGGGCCAGGUGUCUAUCCAGUCCCUAGUGACUUGAUGAUAAUGCGCACGAACAGACAGGCCGCCAUAGGAGGCUAUUCUUAUAAACUGAUUUCGAGGCCUCUACACAGCAAUUGUCAACGCCUCUUUACGCUUGCCAGAGGGGGACAACAAAUUCGGUUUGCUGAGAUCUACGCGGGUCUAUGGGUUCUCGGUGCAUUCAAGAAGUCUAUAUUCUUGGAAAUGCGGAUCAUUAUGAGGCACUGGCUUCGAAAUAAGGAGUUUUCUAUCACAGAGGAGGGGAUGUUAACCACGCUUGUCUUGCAACUAGGACAGCCUGUCAAGAUUCAGGGCAUUGCCAGACUUGUAACAGGCCGGGUCCUUCAAGACAAAUAUAUCAUGACUCGAGUUUUGCCGUCUGGAGGGUUCCAUUGGAUUGUCAAGUGCGAAGCGUCAAAUAUUCCAAACUAUUGGCAGGAACCGAGGGCAACCCUGCAGGAACUUGUCAAUGCUUUGUGUUGA